ACAACACUUGCACUCCUUACAUUACAUAGAGACACUAUACUGUACAAAGUACAAACUCUAUAUAAACUUCUUUCUUGUCAUACCCUUUAAACUAAACCGAAAUCUCUCUGGGUUGUUAAUGUGUUCUCUGAUCUAGAGAGACAGCGAGAGAGAGAGAGAGAGGGAGAGAGACAGACAGAGAGAGAGAGAUGGCAGGGGGAGGAUUUGCAGAGAGUGGAGGGCCAAGGGCUGAGCUGUAUGAACAUAAGGUUACAUGGUAUUUGAUAUUUACAUGUAUUGUUGCUGCUAUGGGAGGAUCUCUCUUUGGUUAUGAUCUUGGUGUUUCUGGUGGAGUGACAUCCAUGGAUGAUUUUCUGAAGGAAUUCUUUCAUAAAACUUACGCGAGGAAGCAAGCACAUCUGAAGGAGACGGACUACUGCAAAUAUGAUGAUCAGAUUCUUACUCUUUUCACGUCGUCUUUAUACUACGCUGCACUACUCUCCACAUUCGGGGCUUCAUAUAUAACUAGGAACAAAGGUAGAAGAUUUUCCAUUCUUUGUGGAGCCGUUAGUUUCUUCCUAGGAGCUAUCCUUAAUGCAGCAGCACAGAACAUCGCGAUGCUCAUCAUUGGAAGAUGCCUUCUCGGUAUAGGCAUUGGAUUUGGGAAUCAAGCAGUUCCGCUGUACUUAUCUGAAAUGGCACCUCCUAAAGUCCGCGGUACUUUUAAUCAGUUGUUUCAACUCACGACCUGUGUGGGGAUCCUCAUAGCUAACUUUGUAAACUAUGGAGUCGAGAAGAUCCAUCCAUGGGGUUGGAGAUUGUCUCUUGGAUUAGCCGUAGUUCCAGCCUUAAUUAUGUUUUUAGGUGGCCUUGCUCUUCCGGAGACACCAAAUAGUCUUGUAGAACAGGGGAAGCUCAAAGAAGCAAGAGAGGUGUUGGAGAGAGUUAGAGGUACCAAGAAUAUUGAUGCUGAAUUUUCUGAUCUUCUUGAUGCAAGCAAAGCAGCACAAGCUGUUAAGAACCCGUUCAGAAAUCUCCUUAAGAGAAGGAACCGUCCUCAAUUGGUUCUUGGAAUCUGUAUCCCAUCGUUUCAACAGCUCACUGGCAUGAACUCGAUACUCUUUUAUGCCCCAGUCUUGUUCCAGAGCCUGGGUUUCGGAAAUAAUGCAUCUUUAUAUUCAUCUACCAUAACCAAUGGAGCUCUUGUCGUGGCUGCCCUGAUUUCAAUGCAUUCAGUUGACAGGUUUGGUAGACGAAAGUUUUUCCUGGAAGCUGGUGUUGAAAUGUUCAUCUCCAUGUUGAUUAUAGGGAUUGUUCUGGCUCUAAAAUUUGGCAAAGGCGAACCACUUUCAAAAGGAGUUAGUGCUGUACUCGUUAUUUUCAUCUGUAUUUUUGUGCUCGCGUAUGGGCGUUCAUGGGGACCGUUGGGAUGGUUGGUUCCAAGCGAGAUCUUCCCUCUGGAGACGAGGUCAGCUGGGCAAAGUAUAGUGGUGUGCUGCAACAUGUUCUUUACAGCCCUUGUCGCGCAGUGCUUCCUUGUAUCGCUUUGUCACCUCAGAUAUGGGAUAUUCUUGCUGUUUGCAGGCAUGGUUCUUAUAAUGAGCAUAUUUAUAUAUUUUCUCUUGCCAGAGACGAAGCAAGUUCCGAUAGAGGAGAUACAUUUUCUGUGGCAGGAGCACUGGUUCUGGAAAAGAUACUGCCCUCCAGAAGAAAAACUUGGGCAUACAGGAGUUUAAAUGUAGAGAACAUCUUCUAUAUUGAACCUAUAUAUCUUUCAACUUAUUGCUUUACCAGAACCUUUUUUAGUAUAUAUUUUCAAUUGCAAAUAAGAAAUAGCGUGAUUGAAAUUGUCUUCGUA